UUUAGCUUCUAGUUACCUCACUGCCUCCCCCACCGCGUGUUUCUCGCCAAAGCUCCCCACACAAAACACACAAAUCAUUCUCUGAUUCCAUGGCUGAUUCCUCCGCCGCCACACUCCGCCGCCACAACUCCAUGGUGGCGCCACCGCCCAGCAAACUCUCCGUCCCCCACCGCACAUCAAGCUUGGACUCUCCCAACACCAAUCAGACCUUCGAGCUGGUCUCUUUCAACGCCAACUCAACUUCUUCCUCCUUCUACACCUCCCUCAGAGACGUCCUCCCUUCCUCCUCCUCCGCCGUCAAUUCCCCCACCGCCGCCUCCUCCUCCUCCAUCUCCAUCCGCAACCGCCUUGUCAAGCAUGCUGCCUGGGCUUACCUCCAGCCCAUGUCCAGCUCCCCAUCCUCCUCCUACUCCGCCUCAUCCACUCAUUUCCUCAGCCGCUUCUCCGCCUGUCUCGGCUCCCUCUUCCGCCGCAUCGCCAAAAUCUUUGACCGUAUACUCCUUGCUUUCAGAAGCUUACUAAGCAAAACAUAAUAACGCUUCAAUCUCAGAAGCCCAGUAAGCCCAUGCUUCAGGAUACCAAUCCAAAUAUUUGUUUUGCCAGUAAAAUUUCAAUUUUGUUUUUUCAGGUUUUUAAGUGUGAUUCAAUAUGAUUAUUUACUUUUAAAAUGUUUUAUUUAAUCUUUGAAAUUAAGUUUAUAAUUCAAUUUAAUCCUUUUACAAUAUAAUAUUUGUAAAGGGACUAAGUUGAAUCACCAAAUAUAAUCUCAGGAUUAAAUUAAACAUUUUAAAAAAUGUAAAAGUAAAUUGAAUCAUAAACAAAAUUGAAAAUUUACUCCUUGUUUUGCUUUUUUCUAUGCUUGGAAAAUAGCAUAUGUAGCUUGUUCUGUACAAUUUUUAUUUUAUUAUUUUUCUUUUUUUUUAAAUUUGGCAAGCGGUGGCUCUUAAUUGUUGUG